GGGCGGAAGUGGGGCAGCGGCGCCUCGGGCCGGAGCGGGACCCAUGGAGGAUCCCGGCCCCGACCCUGAGCCCGGCCCCGGCCCGGGCCCGGCCGCCGAGAGCCCGGCGGAGCUGAGCCCCCCGGGGCUGGAAGGGGACGCCCACCGGGGUGCCUACACCGCCUUCAUGAAAUCCCAUCGCUGCUACGACCUGAUCCCCACCAGCUCCAAACUGGUCGUCUUCGACACGUCCCUGCAGGUGAAGAAGGCGUUCUUCGCGCUGGUCACCAACGGUGUGCGGGCAGCCCCGCUCUGGGACAGCAAAAAACAAAGUUUUGUGGGAAUGCUGACCAUCACCGACUUCAUCAACAUCCUGCACCGCUACUACAAAUCACCCAUGGUGCAGAUCUAUGAGCUGGAGGAACAUAAAAUAGAGACAUGGAGAGAGGUUUAUCUGCAAGACUCCUUCAAGCCGCUGGUCUGCAUUUCCCCCAAUGCCAGCCUGUUCGACGCCGUCUCCUCCCUGAUCCGGAACAAGAUCCAUCGCCUGCCCGUCAUCGACCCCGACUCGGGGAACACGCUCUACAUCCUCACCCACAAACGCAUCCUCAAGUUCCUCAAGCUCUUUAUCGCAGAGGUCCCCAAGCCCGAGUUCAUGGCGCGGACGUUGGAGGAGCUGCAGAUCGGCACCUACAGCAACAUCGCCGUGGUUGGCACCAGCACCCCCAUCUACGUGGCCCUGGGCAUCUUCGUGCAGCACCGCGUCUCCGCGCUGCCCGUGGUCGACGAUUCGGGGCGCGUGGUGGACAUCUACUCCAAAUUCGACGUUAUUAACCUGGCAGCUGAGAAGACCUACAACAACCUGGACGUGACGGUGACGCGGGCGCUGCAGCACCGCUCCCACUACUUCGAGGGCGUCCUCAAGUGUUACAAGCACGAGACGCUGGAAACCAUCAUCAACCGCCUGGUCGAGGCUGAGGUCCACCGGCUGGUGGUGGUGGAUGAGAGCGAUGUGGUUAAAGGGAUCAUCUCCCUGUCGGACAUCCUGCAAGCCCUGGUCCUCCCGCAGGGCCCCUGAGGCAGUGGUGGGGAGGGGGUUCGGUCCUCCCAAGCCCCCCACUCUCUUCUCCUGCAGCACUGUGCCCUCCCCCGGGGCUGGUGGGGACACCCGGGGAACGCCCCCACUCACCAGCAGCGUCCAGCAAUAACCCCCAGCCCUGGGGCAGCCCUUCCCUGGCUGGGGGGGGAGCCCACAGCCCCCCCCCCUCAUGCCGUGCCCUGCACCCCAAAACCGUGUGGGGUGAUGGGGGCGGCCCUCGGCCCCUCUGGGGUGCGGGGCCAGGGUCGCUCGUGUCCACGCCAGCGCUGUUCCUUGCGCGGACUCUUGUCCCCGUCACCCUGCGCCCUCUCCUUGGGUUUGGUGAAGCCCACCCGGCCCGGGGACCCCCUCCCACGACCCCGGGGGUUCCUCCCCGGGUUCCCUCGGCUGUGCCCACACCCGCCACCGCUUGGUGUGUGAAGAGAAACCACGAAUAAACACAGACCUGGCAGCA